AUGCCGCGGCGAACCACCUUCAUCCGCGUCACGCAGCAGCUCAACUCGGUCUUUGGCGUGCACGACCUGUCCAAGCCAGCGGCGCCAGCCAAACCCGCGAGCGAAACACCUGAGAGGAGGGGCCGGCUCGGAGGCCGCGAGGCGCGAAGCACGUGUUUCGCAUCACCGCGCUUGCGAGUCUGA